GAAGCAUUGACAAGAAAGGCAACGGAUGCCUUUUUGAACAUUUUAAUAGACGGCAUGAGGAAGAGUAUGAGCCGCACAGGCACUCGUCACUCCUGCAGUGCAGACAAUCUGAAUGUGAACCCUGCUAUUCCUCCUGCUAGCAUCGUCGUGGACACCAGUACUUCUACAACUACUAUUAGCGGACAACAACA